CACAUCCUGUUGCCGUCCACUCGAGCGACCCCGCGUCCCAAAACGCGCGCACCCCGAGCUCCGGGCGGGACUUCCUCUCUGCUGCGGAUGCGAUAUUAGGGUGAGCAGGCAGAAAGGGCUUGGUCGGGGUGUCAGUGGUGUAUCCGUGCGGCUCCGGACAGCAGAGAACCGGGCUGACGACGCCGCCGCUGCUUGGUGCCGCUGAAGCCCCGUAGAUGAGCCUCCUCCCCGGCUAUGCUGCCCUGAGAGCGCCGCGAGUACCCGCCCUGCCAACAUGUCUGAUGUCAACAAGACUAUUCAGAAAUGGCACGCCAGUUUUAGGAAAGGCACAGACUUUGACUCGUGGGGACAAUUAGUGGAGGCUAUAGAUGAGUACCAAAUUUUGGCGAGGCAGCUGCAGAAAGAGGUCCAGUCUACAAACUCAUCAGACUUCACAGAGGAGCAGAAGAAAACUUUAGGAAAGAUUGCAACAUGCCUGGAGAUGAGGAGCGCCAGUCUGCAGUGCACACAGUCAAAGGAAGACUUCAAGUUAGAAGAGCUGAAGAAACUGGAAACCAUAAUUCAAAAUAUUCUGACCUACAACAAAAAAUUCCCCUUUGAUGUGCAGCCAGUGCCCCUAAGGAAAAUCUUCGCUCCAGGUGAAGAGGAGAACCUGGAGCUGGAGGAGGAGGAGGAGGACGCCGCAGCAGGAGCAGGAUCCAUAGAGGCUUUCCCCCCUAGAGCCCCCGCUUCACAAGGUACCUUGUUGCCACGGUUACCCUCAGAGCCUGGGAUGACACUACUUACACUAAAGAUCGAAAAAAUCGGGUUGAAGGAUGCUGGGCAGUGCAUCGAUCCGUACAUGACCAUCAGUGUCAAAGAUUUGAACGGCAUAGAUGUGAACCCAGUGCAGGACACACCUGUGGCCUCCAGGAAGGAAGACACCUACAUUCACUUCAGCGUGGACGUGGAAAUCCAGAGACAUGUGGAGAGAUUACCAAAAGGAGCAGCUAUCUUCUUCGAAUUCAAGCACUACAAACCCAAAAAGAGGUUUACCAGCACUAAAUGUUUUGCCUUCAUGGAAAUGGACGAGAUCAAACCCGGCCCCAUUGUCAUCGAACUGUACAAGAAGCCCACGGACUUCAAGAGAAAGAAACUGCAGCUUCUAACAAAGAAACAACUCUAUCUCCAUCUCCAUCAGACGUUACACAAGGACAGCUAAGUCGCAGCGCGCCUCGAACUUUGACCCACCCUCUUUUUAAUCUCUCCCAGCACCCACAUCCAGCAGAGUGCGGUGCUCCACCUCAUCACAUCCAGCAAUACUAAACCAAGGUCGUUUUUUCUCCCAAUGAGUAUAUGAAGAAAGUAAAGAGUUUUGUAUUCUUUGAUUCUGUUGCCAAGUGCGUAACCCUCCUCCAAAAACACUCUAAAUACGUUUGCCUAUGACCAGGUGGAGACACACGGCGUUCAUAUCACAGCAGGGUUAUGUUGAAACAGUCAACCCACCUCAUCUCCAGUCUUCCUCAGCUCACUGAUUUUUGGUAAAUGGGACACAACGUGAGUUACUGCAGGUGCUUCAUUUGAGUUUUAUGUGGAGUUUGCAAAGUCAUUCCCUGAAUAAAUAACACAACAUGCAAACAGUAACGUGUUUGCAGAUAUUAAAAGUUAGUCCACAAUGGUUUGUGUGUGCCACGAUUACAGACUUUCAUCGUGUUUAAUUAUUAAUUGAUUCGAUGAAUUUAUUAAAUGCGUAAAAAAAGAUUAAAUUCCCCAAAUUAAUAAUUAAGUUUAUUUUAUUCUUGCUAAAAGAGAUACUUUACCGAUUGUGUUAAUGCAGUGGUUCCCAACUGGUGGGUCCUGGUCCAAAAGUGGGACCAGGAGUGACUUGUGAACAUGUCAAGUUUGUUAAAAAAAAAAAAAAAAAAAAGCUUUAUUUUGAAGUUCAAUGCAUUU